AUGCCGGAUUCGACCACAUAUACCGACAGUUCCGCCUCUGAUCCUCAGGCUCAGCCGAUCGAUCCCGAACUAACUGCUAAACUGCUUGGCCAUGGCGUAGCCGUCUCUCCGGUGGUUACGGUGGAACCGCGCAGAAGGAAAUUCCACAAAGCGAUCAGACUGAAUAUGCCCGCGCCCACCGCGCAUUCUCAAGGAAUGAUCAACCAGUAUUCCGGUUCUGCGCCGACGUUGAGGUUAUUGUGUUCGAUCACAGGUGGAACCACCAGAGCCCAAUGGGAAGACGUGACGGGGUCCACGCCUCUGACGUUCGUCAACGACGUGGUGUCCUUUACGACCACCGUAUCCGCCCGAUUUUGGUUGAUGGACUGUCGGAAUAUCGGCGACGCGACGAAGAUGGCCACCGAACUUUACAAGAUACAUGUUAUAAAUAGUCAACGGUUGCACAUAUGGCUUAAAAUUCGAAACGUGCUGACCGAAGCCCUCUAUUCUUUCCCAAGGGAAGCCAUUCACGUGCCGUUCAUGGCCAAAUUCGUGGUGUUCGCCAAACGGAUAGAACCGUUGGAGGCACGACUGCGCGUAUUCUGCAUGACCGACGACAAGGAAGACAAAACGUUAGAACACCAGGAGCACUUCACCGAAGUGGCGAAAAGCAGAGACGUUGAAGUGCUGGAAGGCAAACCGCAGUACAUAGAGUUCGCGGGAAAUCUGGUGCCCGUCACGAAGAGCGGAGAACAGUUGUCGUUUUCGUUCAGAGCGUUCAGGGAAAACCGGCUACCGUUCUCGGUCAGAGUGAAGGACCAACACGCUGAAGCCGUAGGACGAUGUUUGUUUAUGAAGGAAGCGAAGGUGCUCAAAGGAGAACCGCCGCAACAGCCGAUCUGUAUCCUCAACAUAGUGCUACCCGACGAUAUAGUUACGGACACCAUAUCCCUUUCCGACUCUGAAAGUUCGAAGAGGCACAUGUUCCUCUCUGAGUUCCGAGACUACUAUCGACCAGACACCAGACUGGCAGACAUGAGCAACUUGCUCGGUGACGACUGGGUGGAGCUGGCCCACCAGCUUGGACUCACCUCGUCGGAAAUCAACGUCAUCAAGUCCGAGUACCCCGAGAGCGUCGCGAAACAGGCGCAGUCAAUGUUGCGCAUGUGGCUAUCUCAAAGCGGCAACAUGGCGCAGACCAACGCCUUGGAGAACGCGCUCAGAAGAAUCGGUCGGGAAGACAUCAUACCUCAGUGCCUAAACGUAGAGCAACCGAGCCACGCGAUUUCACGAAUCAAAGAAGAGGAGAUCGGGUAUAGACUAAGGAAAAGCGGCGCGGAUAAAGAGGACGAAACGAGAUCGCCAGAAAAGAAGAACCUGAUAGAGCACUACGACAAAUACUCUGCAGAAGAGAAGAUCGUCGAGAAGUCCGAGUCGGAAGAGGAAGAGGAUAACUUCGACAAGUCCGUAACGGAGAGGCGGGAACGAAUCGAGAAACGUCUUUCGGCCGAAAGAGCGAUUCCGGCGUCUUCGCAGCGACGCGAAAUCGUCCAGGAAAUCAGCUCCAUCCGACAGCAGAAUAUCGUUGAGGAUAAAAUAGCCGAGGUGAAACAGAAGGUGUCCGAACCAGCGACCACGAGAAUUAUCACGGAAACUAUCGAGAUAAAAACCACCACUCCAUCCGACUCGAAAGUUUCCGAGGUGGCCAAGAUGACGACUGUCGAAACGCACAAGGUUGUGGAGCAGUCGCCCAAACCCGGAGAGGACGCGAAGCUUUUGGAGGAGGUCAGCCAGAGGAUCGGAAAAGCGCGGAUCGAGCCCCGAUUGAACGGAAACGAAGAUCCAAAAUCUCCGAAGUUCUCGAAGACCCCGCCGCCAAGCCCGGCCGACUUCUUGAUCAAAGAGCAGGCAGCCACGAUCCAAGCUGAGCAAUUCGCGCGGUUUCGAGUCAUCCUAGCCGUCGGACAUCUCGUAGCAAAGGCUACACGAAGGUCAGUAGCGUACUAUAGACGGGGGAGGGACAAGGUCGACACUCACGCCGCUCGUAGGCGCCGCGUAACUGUCGACUCCGCCCCCCCAUCCUUAGCCGCUAGCGCGUCCCCGCAAGAUGACGACGACUCCCUAGAUACCGACGGUUUCCGCGAAGACCGUUACCUUAUAGAAACCCCCACGCCCGAGGGCAACGCGAAACCUCUCGACUCUCAAGAGGUCACCGCGUACGAGGACGCGUCUCGUUAUUACCGGCACCACGCGGAACUCUUUGUCGGACAGAGGAAACGUCUCGCUUCCAGCGAAGACCUCGACGCGACCGAUGUGAUAGAUAGUUUUGAUACUACCUCAAAUUUGUUGCCUUCCAAGUGUAGCGUAGAUAAAAAGAUAAGCGUAGAAUUAGAUAGUUUUAACAAAGAAUUUACGUCGCCCGAAGAGAAAGGCGCGAAGGACUCGAAGAGACCGGAAGACUGGGAGAGGAAAGAGAGAAAGACUGUGGAGAGGCUGCACGGCGGCGCGGGCAAGGACAAAGUCGCGCCCGCCGACGAGGACGCGGUCUAUUUGAAAACCACGCCGGAUAAUGUGACGGUCACCUUCAAAGAAGGGACCGGGUCGAACAGAAUCCAGCAGGACAAUAAGGAGUUGACGGCGAAGUCGACGAACACGGACGAUGAAUCAAGAAAUAAUUUAAAUCGGGCGCACAAAGGCACGUCGCCUCUCGGCGAUUUUAAGGGACACGAAUUGCUUCCGAGCUCCAAGCCUACCCUGGAACUCAUAAUAGGGCGUAAAGAGGUGCGGACGAAGGACGCUUCGGCCUCGGCUGAAAGCCGUCUUACAUUUCACUACGACGAAAAGAGACAAACACACGGGAACCGAAACGUCCGAAAAAUUUGA